AUGGCAUCCAUGUACCUAGCGCAUGACAAGGAGGUGCCAACUACCUGCAUUAAAGACCUAGUGGCCAGCACGAGAGAGGCGCUAAUUUUGGGAGGUGACGCGAAUGCCCACCAUCACACCUGGGGCAGCUCCGAUGAUAACGAACGGGAUGUCGCCAUUGGACCGAUGAAUAAAGUUUGUUUGCAUUGCCAUGCUUUGAAGUUUGCAAAGGAAUCACCAGGAAUGUGUUGUUCAAAUGGUAAAAUAGUUUUGCCAUCGUUAAUUGAGGCACCUGAAUCACUACUUAGUUACCUUUCUGGCACAACUCCUAUUUCAAACCACUUUUUGAAAAACAUACGCAAGUACAACUCUUGCUUUCAAAUGAAUUCGUUUGGAGCAACGAAAAUUAUAUCUGAAGGCGGUUACAUGCCAACUUUCAAACUUCAAGGCCAAAUAUACCACAAAAUCGGUUCAUUGCUCGCAGUGCCACAACAAGAUGCGAAAUUUCUGCAAAUUCAUUUCACUGGAAAUGAUGCACUGGAAGUAGACAAGCGUUGCGCAAUUAGUUCUGGGAUCCGACGCGAGAUCAUUUCAAGCUUGCAGGCAAUGUUCCAUGAACAAAACAAUUUGAUUCGCCUUUUUAAAACAGCUCUGGAGCAAAUGCCAUCAGAUGACUAUAGUGUUGUUAUUAGAGCAGAUAAAGCUCCUGCUGGUGAUCACAAAAGGCGCUUCAAUGCUCCAGUAACAGGGGAUGUUGCAAUUGUAAUAGUUGGCACCGAAUUCGAUCGACGUGACAUCAUUAUCCACCGGCGAAAUGCUAAUGUGCAGAGAGUAUCGGAAACACAUGGAUCGUAUGAUGCACUCCAAUAUCCAGUGCUCUUUCCCCAUGGAGAAGAAGGAUAUCAUUUCAACAUCAGGCAAGUCGACCCCAGCACAAGUGAAGCGACGACAAAGAAAGUGUCCUGCAUGGAUUAUUAUGCAAACCGCAUUAUGAUUCGUGGAAAUGAAUCCAAUCAUAUCUUAAAAUGUCAUGAAUUAUUCCAACAGUUUAUUGUGGACAUGUACGCGAAAGUCGAAAGUGAACGUCUUCUUUUCAUUCGCUUAAAUCAAAAGAAUCUGCGCGUUGAAGAAUACGUUCAUUUACGUGAUGCAGUUGCUAAUGAUGGAAACAUUGCUGACAUUGGACAAAUGGUAAUUUUACCUGUAACAUAUGCAGGAAGCCCGCGGCACAUGCACGAAUACGGGCAAGAUGCUAUGACCGUUAUAUCAGCCGAGCUUCCAAAUCAAGCCGAAGAUCCCAUUCUUUUUGAAAUAAUCAAGAAAAAUAUGAUUCAUGGGCCAUGCGGUACUUUUAAUCCUAAUUCACCAUGUAUGCAAAACGGCAAAUGCACAAAGCGAUAUCCACGUGAGUUGAUUACUGAAACUCAAACUGGAGGUGAUGGAUAUCCUCUGUAUAGGCGAAGAAAUCCCACUAAUGGUGGAUACACAACUACUAUUAAGAUGCGAAAUGAAGAUAUCGACAUAGACAAUAGAUGGAUCGUGCCAUACUCGCCACUACUUUCAAAAAUGUUUAAUGCUCACAUCAAUGUUGAGUAUUGUAAUUCGGUAAAGUCCAUAAAAUAUAUUUGUAAAUAUGCUAACAAAGGCAGUGACAUGGCAGUAUUCGGAUUAGCAAAUCGAGGUGAUGAGAUCACGCAAUAUAAAACAGGGCGCUACAUCAGCAGUAACGAAGCAGUAUGGCGGAUAUUUGCAUUCAAUAUUCACGAACGAUAUCCAACGGUUCAACAUCUCGCUGUUCAUUUGGAAAAUGGUCAGCGGGCUUACUUCACCGAAGAAAAUGCGCAAAAUAGAGCAGAGCAACCACAAAACACAACACUGACUGCUUUUUUCGAAUUGUGUACAUCCGAAAAUUUUGCUAAAACGUUGCUGUAUCAAGAUGUGCUCAAAUAUCAUACUUGGAACACAUCGACAAAAAAGUUCAACAGAAGAAAAAGAGGUGCAAUUGUUCUAGAGCACCCUGGUAUAUAUUCGUCCGAUGCAUUGGGACUGGUGUACACUGUUCAUCCAAAUAACGCCGAGUGCUAUUAUUUGCGGUUGUUGCUGCAUACAAUCAAAGGGCCGACAUCAUUCCUUGCAUUGAAAACCAUCGACGGAGUAGAAUGCCAAACGUACAGAGAAGCGUGCUUUAAACUGGGCUUACUUGAGAAUGAUCAGAAUUGGAACACAACUCUGACCGAAGCAUCACUCACGUGCCAUCCAAAGCAAAUACGAACUUUGUUUGCGAUAAUUUUAACAACAUGCGCACCAUCGAAUCCUCGACAACUGUGGGAAAUGCAUCGUGAAAGCCUCAGUGAAGAUAUUCUAAGACAAGCACGUGCAAGCGAUCCAAGUCAGGAAUAUUCGGAUGACAUUUUCAAUGAAGCUUUAAUAUUAAUGGAGGACUUAUGCAUGUCAAUCAACAACAAAGCUCUUUGUCAACUCGGUAUGCUAGCACCGACACGAGAUAGAAAUGCUGUACAAGACAGAGACUUGAUGCGAGAACAGCAGUUUGAUGCAAAUCAGCUUGAACGAUUUGUGCAAACGCAAAAAGAGUUUUUAGUUGCUGAUCAGAAUUUAGUUGCUGGCGGAAUUAUCUUCCUAGAUGCUCCAGGAGGUACCGGGAAGACUUUCCUCAUCAAUUUAAUAUUGGCGUCAGUUCGAAUGCGAAAUGGAAUUGCAGUAGCAGUAGCAUCAUCGGGGAUUGCAUCAACACUACUUGAUGGAGGACGUACAGCGCAUUCAGCACUUAAGCUUCCAUUGAAUUUGCACCAGACCGAAACACCUACAUGCAACAUCAGCAAAAACUCUGGUAUGGCCAUAGUGCUUAAAACGUGCAAAAUUAUAAUUUGGGACGAAUGCACCAUGGCACCUAAGAAAUCGCUCGAAGCACUUGACCGAACUCUGCGAGAUUUUCGUGGAAAAGACCAACCGAUGGGAGGCGCUCUUAUACUCCUUGCAGGUGAUUUUCGUCAAACAUUACCCGUUAUACCACGAUCGACGCCUGCAAACGAGCUGAAAGCGUGCUUAAAGCCAUCGCAUCAGUGGAACUAUGUCGAAAAAAUUACGCUCACAACAAAUAUGAGAGUGCAUUUGCUGCAAGAUACGUCUGCCCAAAUAUUUUCAAAGCAACUUUUAGAUAUCGGAAACGGUAAAGUUCAUAUUGAUCGCACAACAAAUGAGAUAUCAUUUCCGUCCAACUUUUGUCAAAUGCAGCAGAGCAUUCAAGACGUCAUCGACUGA